GAGGGGAUUGAAAGGGUUACCUUGCCAUGUUGUUGACGGGGUGAAACUGCCGCCAUUCCGGCUCUAACGGGGACGCAGCCCCCGUACGGACUGUAUGACGCUUUGAGCCAAGAUGGGCGCCGCAGGGCCGCAGUUACACUGCGCCUGUUCACCCUGAGGGACGAAAAGAACUACAGAUACCAGCAUGCAUUGCGCGCGUACACCAAAAUAACAUUUAAACACAAAAUCAACUUUCAUUUUCGGUUGCUUGAGUAAUUUGUCGAGUUUGGUUGGCGCUUUGAAAUUCAUUCCAAACGUUAAUACUAAGACUAAUAAUAACAAUAAUAAUCAUCAUAACAAUAUAACAUUCACGUAUCUUAUUUCUUUUUUUUAAAAAAAUGAGUACUUUUGAAAUAAGACCCGAAGCUAAAAAGCAGGUUGAGGAUUUCUGCGAGCGCCGGAAUAAAGAGGCUGAAUCUCUGCUGUCCGUCACUUUCCCCAGGAGAAUCGCAGAGCUGGACGACUUUUUAAAGGAGGGGGCGCUGAAUGUGCAGGACCUGACCUCUCUCCAGGCGGAACUGGACAUUCCCAUUCCUGACCCGGCCAAAGAGGAGCUGAAGAAGGAGAAGAAGAAGAAGAAGCAGGAAGAGAAAGGAGAGAAGGAAGAAAAGAAGAAAGAUAAAGAUGAGGAAGACGAAGGCCCCCCCUGUGGUCCUGUCUCCUCAAACCCGCACAUCCAGUCUCUGCUCCUCAGACUGAAGCCUCAGAUCCAGUCCGUGAAAGAGGCUGUCAACUCUGUCAGUCUCUGGGUUCAGCUCCAGAUCCCCAAAAUCGAGGACGGGAACAACUUCGGGGUGGCAGUGCAGGAGAAAGUGUUUGAACUGAUGACCGGAACUCGCACCAAGAUUGAAGGAUUCCAGACUCAGAUCUCAAAGUAUUUCUCAGAGAGGGGAGAUGCAGUGGCCAAGGCCUCCAAGCAGCCCCAUGUGGGAGACUACAGGCAGCUGGUUCAUGAACUGGAUCAGAACCAGUACACUGAGAUCCGGAUCAUGGUUCUGGAGAUCCGGAACAUUUAUGCUGUCCUGUAUGACAUCAUCAACAAGAACUUCAACAAGAUCAAGAAGCCCAAAGGGGAUUCCAAGGCUUUGAUCUACUGAGAGGAAGCAGAGAAACACACAGGAGACAGAGACACACAGAGACACACAUACACACACACUGACACACACGGAGACAGACACACACAAAC